GUAGUAGUAGUGCUGACCGUGCCCUCUGUGAAUCAGUGUGCAGGAUAGUGAUGGCAAGGUGGCGAGGAGUGAUUGUGUUAGCGGUGGUGAUGGCAGUAAUUACGACUGUGAGUGCUGACCGUCCACUGAUGAAAAUGAUUAGGGACAUUAUGCAGCAGCGCCAAUGGAACCACGUGGUGCUGCUCGAUCCGGAGGACUCAGAGAUACUUUCGCCCCAAGAGACGACGCAACUGAUGGCGGACAUCGUUAAUUCUGCUGCUGGGUCAAUCAUUCCCUUGGCAUCCAAUAACACCCUCGCCCUCGGCCUCUACCAUUCGAUCCAGACCAGCAGCACGUUCCAAGGCGGAGUGGAUGGCGGUGCCGACACUGGGCGAGUGAUGUACCUUCGGGACCCACGCUACAGAUCACAGUUCAUCGCACAGUGGGACGAGCCAGGGCAAAGUUCCACUUUCAUGAGCAUGGCAGGAAAACUUGGGUUCUACACUGAACAGCAAGAGUGGCUCGUUUUGCUGUCUAGGAAUAUCUCGUUUCAGCAAGUAAAAGACGUUCUUGCUGACGUCAACAUUUACGUGGAUAGUGAGGUGAUGUUGUGCCAGGAAACUGUGGAAAGUCACUUUAAAAUAAUCGAGGUGUGGAAUGUGGGUCGAGAAGCAGGCAGCCACACCAUACAGCAGGAGACGUGGGGUUUCUGGACACCAGCUACAGGGCUGCAGCAGGUUACUCGUGAGAACAAAUAUGAUCGACGCAAGGACCUGCAAGGCUUUCAUCUCCGGGUGGCUACUAUCAAGACGAUGCCAUAUGAAAGUCUGGUGCAGGACAGGAUGCUUCAGAAUUUCCGUGAGGGUUAUGUUGUGGAUGUGUGGCACACCUUGCAAGAACAACUCAAUUUUACCUAUACUGCCACCAACACUCUAUUCGGCUCACUGCAAAAGGAUGGCCGCACGUGGAAUGGAAUGGUGGGGAUGCUGCAGACUGAUGAUGCAGAUGUUGCUGUGGCGCCUCUGUCCAUCACACAGAUACGCUCCCUGUCUAUUGACUUCACCUUGCCUAUACAGAUCGUGAGCACGGUUAUACAUCCGCCGGCCAGUGCUGGAGGGCACCUGGACACUGUAUGGGCAGCCCUUCGAUAUGUACCUCUGGGUUACCAUACCAGUCUCCAUCCUUGCAUGUGCUGUGGCACUAUGGCUCUUCAACUCAGUGACAGUGCAUCUGGGUGUCAACCAACAUUUUAUCAGUGCCAAUCAGGCAUUCUGGAUAAUAUUCUCAGGCAUCAUUCAGCAGUCAACACCAGUGGAGCCUCGUCCAGUGUCAGGAAAGAUUGUGUUCUUCUCAGGAUUAUGGAUGGGUUUGGUGCUGCUCACAUGCUAUUCAGCUAUUCUGGUGUCCAUCCUUACUACACGUCAGCCCCAACUCCCUUUUAAAGACUUUAAGGGACUCCUGGAGCAUCCAAACUGGAACCUUGGAGUUCGCACCAACACUGCACUUGCUGACUCCCUUGCACUAGCUCCUGUGGGUUCUCCCAUGCGAAUGUCGUGGGAAAAGAUGGUAGGCAAAGAUCCAAUAAAGAAUCUACCCUAUAACAAUGAUGAUGCACUUGCCAGUGUUCUGCA